AGAGAGAGAGUGGGGACGGCGGAGCAGAAGAAGCCAAGCACAUCCCCAUAAAUAUCACACUCCAUUUCUUUCUUCUUUUACCUGUUCAUAUUCCAGCAAGGUGGAGAAGAGCCCUAGCUGUCUCUGCGAGUCCAAGGCCGCGGACGCUUGAGCUUCUGGAAGUAUCUGCUGGCAGAUCCUGAUAGAAAGAGGAAACACGUAGACUUUGUGUUUAAUGGGGUCAAAACCCUAAGCUUGUCUGGUUGGUAGAUUAAUAAAUCAUGCUCCGAACAGGACUUGUGAAAUUCUUGUACUUACGGAGGAAAUACUAGCGUCAGUUCAACGGAGAAAGUUGGGAUUUUUAGGUGGUGCGACAAUGUCGACUCCUGCUAGGAAGAGGCUGAUGAGAGAUUUCAAGAGGUUGCAACAAGAUCCUCCUGCAGGCAUUAGCGGUGCCCCCCAAGAUAACAAUAUAAUGCUUUGGAAUGCUGUUAUCUUCGGCCCUGAUGACACUCCAUGGGACGGAGGCACGUUCAAGUUGACACUUCAAUUUACAGAAGAUUAUCCUAACAAGCCACCAACAGUGCGAUUUGUAUCUCGAAUGUUCCAUCCAAAUAUUUAUGCAGAUGGAAGUAUUUGCCUUGAUAUUCUACAAAAUCAGUGGAGUCCAAUAUAUGAUGUAGCAGCCAUAUUAACGUCUAUCCAGUCUCUGCUUUGUGACCCAAACCCUAAUUCUCCUGCAAAUUCAGAAGCUGCUCGGAUGUUUAGUGAGAACAAGCGUGAGUACAACCGCAGAGUAAGGGAAAUUGUUGAGCAGAGCUGGACUGCAGACUAACUCUGCGUUGGUGUGCUGCUAGGGUUGUAGUCCAUCUGAGAGUUUGAAGAUUUAUUUCCAGUAGAGUGCCACUUUAAGGAGCAUUGUGCGAACUCAAAUUCAAGUCAUGUAUGGCUCAUGUUAUCUUCACUUCCUGAUACAAGUGGGGCCAUUUUAUCUUUGUUUCGUGAUGAUUUGCUGCAUUGUGUGUCAUAAGCUUUUGUAAAUUGGAUCUUCAUGUAUCAAUUUGCCUUGAAAUGUCACAAAUUUUUAUGCUUCA